AUGGCUACAGGUCUGCGACUUUCCAAGGCCGACGCUGCAAUCACACGAGAGCUGUCGCGGUCGACUUCUGUCGUCUCGUCCAUGGCGCCUGUAGCUGCUAAUAGGAGCGAUGUACAAGAUCUGCCUUCGCAACGGAUCGGGGACGUACAGGGCUAUCCGGCGCUGCUGAGGAUCGAAUCUCAAGGUACUCCAGGACGGCAACAAAAUGGAGCGCCUCCAGCAUUCCGCUUCGUAGGCCAAGGUCAAGAGCCGUUUCCACCGCCGCCCAGCUAUGCACAGCCCAGUCAAACGUCAUCCAUGCCAUCCCAGCAGCCCUCGCCCACCUUUUCCACUCCAGGUACCUUGGUCAACCAAUCUUUCGCGUCGGCUACACCUGCUGAAUCUCAAGUUGACGACUGGUGA